AUGUUAAUACUUUCGUCACCAGUACGAUCUCUAUCUUACGCAUACCGGUACCAAAAUACUUUCUCGCGACCAACAUCCCCAUCAGCAUACUCACCGCGCCUAUACUGUUGUCAUGCAAUCAUAACGAUUGCAAGCAACAUCCGAAUCGCGAAACUUAUCCCCACCGCCAAUAACGAACCCUCCCUCACGAUAUUUGAUGUUGGCGGAAUUAAGAAAGGCGUUCCAUCUUUGCAGACUCGGCUUAAUUCCUACCCUCAACAACACACCCACAGAUUCUUAUUCAGUUUUCCUUUCUUUUCUUUAGUUAUUAAUGUCGACUACAGCUCGAUUUUCUUUGAAUCUCUCUUCGGCCUUCUUUCUAUUUCUCUCUCUCUCUCUCUCUCUCUCUCUCUCUCCACAAUUGCCAAACUCAACCUAUUUAUUUCCAUUACUUUCUCUUUCUUUUUCAACCUAUUUUAA